CAUUAACCCACUCCUCUGACAGCUGAACCCUCUGCUGUUUCUGCCUCCUCAGGAUUACAGAGCUUCCUGAAGUCCAGAGACCGGACGGCCCUGACACUGUGGGGAUCUCAGUCAUCACCAUGGCGAUGCUCAUGAACGCCUCUUCAAAAUACAAGAACAUCAUCUCCAAAAGUGUUCUGAUCAGUCCAGGACCUCCUGCUGUCUACCAGCUGAAACCAGAGGAAACAAAGUUUGGAACUCUGACCAGAAUGACUGUUGGAGAAAAAAAUCUGAACAAGACAAAUAAAACCAUCGUACUUGUUGGCGAAUCAGGAGCCGGAAAAUCGACUCUGAUCAACGCUCUGUUCAACUACAGCAUGGGAGUGAAGUGGAAGGAUAAAGUCUGGUUUGAGAUCGUAAAGAAGGAGAACAGAAGUCAGUCAGAAAGUCAGACGUCGGAUGUGAUCGUGUACGAGAUCUUUGGAUUUGAAGCUAAAAACGUGCCCAGUCUGCCCUACUCUCUGACCAUCAUCGAUACUCCUGGAUAUGGAGACACCAGAGGGCUCGAACAUGAUGACAUCAUCAGUCACAGAUUAUUGGACUUGUUUCGAUCAGAGGAUGGAGUUCAUGAAGUUCAUGCAGUGGGUCUGGUGAUAAAGGCGAGUGAUAAUCGACUGAGUGACCGACUGACGUACGUCUUUGAUUCGGUGAUGUCACUGUUUGGAAAUGACCUGGAGAAAAGCAUCGUAGCUCUGGUCACACACUCACAUGGAAUAAAUCCAAGAAAUGUUCUCCAGGCUCUCGAAGCAGCAAAAAUUAAAUGUGCCAAAAAUGAGAAGAAUCAGCCCGUUCACUUCCUGUUUAAUAACCUGCAAGAUGAAGACAGAUCACAGCACAAAGAUCACCUGAAGGAUUCUGCUCAAAUAUCAGAGGGAGGAAUGAAAGAGUUCACAGCGUUCCUCAAAAAAACUGCUCCUCAGAAACUGAAGAUAACUGUGGAAGUCCUGAAUGACCGGAUCAGACUGACAGCCUGCAUCCAAAACCUGCGAGAGAGAAUCGAACUGACUGAACUGAAGCAGACAGAAAUCCAACAGACUCAAAGCGCUCUGAGGAAACAUGAAGACGAGAUGAAGAAGAACGAGGAGUUCACUGUAGAAGUUGAUGAGGUCUACAAAGAAAAGGAAGCCAUCGGUGGUGGGAUGUGGUUGUUUUGGUAUGGUGGAGCUACCUGCUGCACUGUCUGUGAGGAGAACUGUCACUAUCCUGGAUGCACACUGACCUGGAAACCUGAAGACUGUGAGGUGAUGGAAGAUGGCCGCUGCACUUCAUGUACCAGGAAGUGUCCUGCAUCAAAGCACGUGAAAGAAAAGUGGAGAUAUGUGACCAAGACCAGGAAAGUGAGAAAAACUUUGGAGGAAAUGAAACUGAAAUACGAGACGAAUAAAACAGAAAGUGAGAAAAAGUUGAGCCUUUUGGAAAAUGUUGAAAACGAGUUGAAACAGCUGACAGCAGAGAGGUCAGAGUUACUGGAUGAGUCCUACCAACAUGUUACCAGUCUGGAGCAGAUCGCCCUGAAAGCUGAUUCAGUGUCCACUAUUGUCCACUUGGACUUCCUCAUUGAGAAGAUGAAGGAGGAAGGAGACACAGAGAAGGUCCAGAAACUGGAGGAGAUGAGAAGCAGAGUGGAUGAAGGAACCAGAGCAGCUCUGCAUUAUCUGAGUGUGAAACAGCAGGAGCUGGAAGAUAAACUGAAACUGUGA